AUAGUUAAAGUUUAAAAUAUAACCUCAAAAUUCAAAUCAAAUAUUCAAAUUGUAUGUGGUUCUCUAAUCUUUUCUACUUCUAGUAUUUUAUAAAAAAACGUGAUUAUUAUUUUGUUUUAAACUGCAAAAGAAUAUUGAAUGACUUUAAUAUCAAUUUGAAAACUAUGAACUCCAUUAUCAAGUACGCCCAGUGCUCAAGCUUAUCACAAUGGUCACCAGUAUUUGCGUCACAGUUUCACACAUCUUCAGCCUUGAGCAGAGUGGUUUCAGGAAAAUACAGAAUAACAAAGAAAAGGGACCGCCCUCUUACCUAUGAGAUGGCUAAUCCUCCUCAUUUUAUUGCUCACCGGAAGUCCUGGAACUCUUGGAAUACAUCAAGUUUAAAAGAUGGACUUAGAAGAUCAGAAACAGCAGUGGAAGAUGAGUUUAUUAGAAGAUUCCUUAAUGGCACUUGGCACGGUCUUGUAUGCAGUGAGGUUAUAAUAAAACGUCAGUUCAACCACAUCCGUGUAGCAGCCAUAGUGCGGCGCGCCGUCUCCCCCACUAAGAUGUAUUUCCUGAUCGGCUACACAGAAGAGCUCCUCUCAAACUGGAUACAGUGUCCUGUCACACUAGAGCUGCAAACAGUCGACAGCUACAAAGAUGUUGUGUUUAAGUAUAUCUAAGUUUUCGUUGAUAUUAAUUAGUGUAAUAUAGAAUUAGAAAAAUAAUAGAUGAUAUGAAUUAAAUUAUAAAUUACUUAUAUAAAGAA